AUGAAGCUCGCCACGUCUUUCAUUGCCCUCCUUCCGCUGGCCGUGGUCGCAACGCCAAUUACUUCUCCCGACCCUGCCGCAGAGGCCGUCGCAGACCUCCUCCCUCGAGCUACGGUGUGCUACCUCAAUUCCGAUGCCCUCAAGAAUGAUCCUCAGGGUUGCGACACCAGCCCUACCAGCGGUGUCCGCCGCCGAGGUGUAACAGGUGGCGACCGCUUCAGCGUGAGUUGCACCAAGAAAGGCAAAUGCAUUAAUGGGAACUGUAUCUGGGACUAUGUUCCGGCUUGGAACUGCUACAUCUGGGCUGGCUGGACUCAGCAGAACUGCGAGCGUCUGGAGACGAUGCUACUUACGAAGGGGCCGGCAAGAUGCGGCAUGACGUUCGGCUUGGCAAAGCAAAAAGUUCGGAAGCUUUCCGAAAAUCACGAGCGUCAAACUUUCAACAUGCGCGCCUUGACGAGAAGCAUACAACCUUUUUCCGCUGCUUUCGCUCUUCCGAAACACGCCAACCGCAUACGGCUAUCGAGCGCGACUCCCUUGCCGUCAUGGACGCGCUCAUUCCACGCGUCGGCGAAUUUGAGGGUUGUCGACCUCGCGUACCGGCUUCAUGAUGACUCCGGCAAGGCCAACGGAGAUCCGAUUGUGAUUGUACAUGGCUUGUUCGGGAGCAAGAGGAACAACCAGGGUGUUGGAAAUGCACUCGCACGCGUCCUCAAGCGUCCCGUAUACGCCAUCGACACGCGAAACCACGGCGAAUCCCCCCACGAUAAGGUCCACAACUACACCGCCCUCGCCGAAGACGUAGAAGCCUUCCUCCAGAAGCACGAGCUGAAAAAUGCGACACUCAUAGGUCACUCGAUGGGCGCGAAGACAGUCAUGACCAUGGCGCUGAGGAACCCAGACUGCUGCGCAAACAUCAUACCUGUGGAUAAUGCACCAGUAGAUGCGGCGCUAUCAAGCGACUUCCCAAAGUACGCAGAAGGCAUGCAGCAUGUCGAGAGGUCACAGCCCAAGAGCCAAAAGGAGGCAGACAAACUUAUGGAGCCCUACGCGAAGGACCUACCAGUUCGCCAAUUUCUAUUGACGAACCUGAUGAGGGGUGAGCCAGGCGCGCCGCUCAAGUUUCGCAUACCCGUGAGCAUCCUCACCAAGGCGCUCGACAACAUGGCCGACUUCCCCUUCACCAACCCCGAUGAGGCCUCGUUCAGCAAGAGAGCUCUCUUCAUCCGAGGCACCAAGAGCCACUACGUAAGCGACGAGACACUGCCGAUCAUUGGUCGAUUCUUCCCAAGGUUCGAGUUAGUGGACAUAGACUGUGGCCAUUGGGUCAUUAGUGAGAAGCCCGAGGAGUUUAUCAAAGCGGUUGUGGAUUUCUUACAGGAGAAGGAGUAG